GAGGUUGGCUAGAUGGGUCAAGGUCAUCUACAAUAUCACUUGGGCUCUCUCACAGCCAGAAACAAGCAAUCAUUGAGUUUCUCUUCGGUAAAAAUCGAGGUAUGGUUUCUCAAAUGUCUCGCGGGAGGUUUCCGAAGGUUAUCAGCCUUAAGCACCAAUUCUCCACCAGGAAGCAAUCUACCAAGCUUCGGCCUCCCGCUCUGGUUUCGCGAAUUGAUCAGUAUCGGAUACUGAUUUUAGGGGUGCUCUUGGGCAAAGAGAUGCUGUGGAGGAAGCGAGCGUACGUGUGGCUCAUGAUCUCGAUGUUCGAUGCCAUCGUACCCAAUAGCAGUAUCAUCAACUUCAGCCUGGUGAAGACGGCCACCGAGUCUGUCGACCAGCUUCUUGAACCUGGUGCAUCCCUCGGCGAAUUGGACAAUGUACUUGAUUGAGUGGGCGUACCUGCGGGGUCUAUAUCGGGGGUUGAUGUCCAGGUUGAUUUGAGCUCCGUGCCGGAUCAUAUUUCUGAACACGGCUUCGAGGCCCUCGUUACCUCUGUGUACUACGAUGGCUUGGGCAAUGAAUGCCAGUGCAGUAUUUCCACAUGCGUCAGGGACGUUGAGAAUGCUUCGGUGAAGUGCAGGGUUAUAGUUCCGGUGAAACCUCAUAUCCAGUUCGCUUUUCAGGC